ACUUUAAAAAUAAUAACUUGUCCUUUCCCCAAAAAAUAAAAUAAAAAAAUAAAAGUCAUUAGGAUUAGUUAGUUGAAAUGGCGGAGCGAAAGUUUGGUAUAAAAUUUGCAAACAUUCUCACUACGCCUCUCGAAAGAAGACUUCAAACAUUGGCAGCCCUACAAUGGGCCUAUACUUUUUACUUCAUGGGUCUAACUGGGUUGGCCCUCUUUUUAUUCCUCCUAUUCAGUUCAUAUUAUUAUAUAGCGCUUUUAUACUCCGUGUGGAUUAUUUACGACAUUAACGCUUGUCAAAUGGGUGGAAGAGAGAUCCAGUGCCUGAAAACUUGUAGAGUUUGGGGGUACUUUAGGGAUUAUUUUCCAAUUAAGCUGCACAAGUCAACAGAUCUUGAAGCCGACCACAACUACUUGUUCCUCUACCAUCCUCAUGGCAUCGCCAGCUGUGCAGCUUUUUCUUGUUUUGCAACGGAUGGACCUGGAGCGUCCAAACUCUUUCCGGAAUUGAGAUUUCGUUUGCUGACAUUACGUUGUAACUUUUUCCUUCCAUUUGCAAGAGAAUAUAUUUCUUUUUAUGGAAUCUGUGCGGCUUCUAAAGAAUGCAUCCACCACCUGCUGACGAAUUGUGGCACCAACAAUGCACUGGUCCUCGUAGUUGGGGGCGCUCGUGAGGCUCUCGAAGCCAAUCCUGGAAAUUUCAACUUGGUACUUAGUAAAAGGAAGGGUUUCGUCAAACUUGCCCUUCAACAUGGGACUCCUCUGGUGCCAGUCUAUGCAUUCGGUGAGUCGGACAUAUACACACAAGUUGCUUUGCCACCUGAUUCAAAGUUGCGCAAGAUGCAGAACACAUUCAUGAAAAUUUUAUCUUUCUCUCCGCCCAUAUUCCACGGCAGAGGCAUCUUCAACUACACUUUUGGAUUGCUGCCCUACCGACGACCCAUCAACGUUGCUGUUGGGAAACCAUUGAAACUGCCGAAAAUUGUAAACCCAAAUGACGAUGAGAUAAAUGAGUGGCACAGGAAGUAUGUUGACCGGCUGGUUGACCACUUCGAGAAGCACAAGUUGCAGUUUGGACUGAAGGAAGAUGAUCAUCUUAAUAUAUUGUGACCAUUUUAAUGAAUUGUGACCACCUUAAUAUUAUGUGACGAUCUUACUAUCUGAUGAGAGUUGAGUUCAAUUAAAUCUACUAUACCACGUUUUUGCAGUUGUUUUUGUUUUAUACAACAUUUUUUCUAAUUAUAACCAUCGACUUUUUGAUUUUUUUUUUUCAUGGAUCAGUAUUUGUUCUUCUUCUUUUGUUAGCACAGUUAAACCAGCCAGCAGUUGUGCAACGUUGCGUUUUUCUCGUUAAGAUUUUCGGUGAUAUUUCAAAUGAUUUCGUAUGUAUGCUGAAGGCUAUUGUUCCAGAUGGCGUGAGAUUGUUUUUUGAAUCUAAUCGUUUUUCAAAUGCUUAUAAUAAUUAUUGCUCAGUUUACAUUAGUUUUAUCCAUAUAUAUAGAAUAUAUGUAGAGAGUAUAUACUCUAUAUUCAUGUUUUUUUUUCGGUUGUAAUUAUUUUAUCCCAUGUUUCAUAAUCGCAGUUGUAUUUUAAAAUUCAACUUCUCCGAUUGCUUUUUUCAAACUGUUAUAUAACGAAUGGAUUCCUUUUUUUAUUUUGUUAU